UAAUCACUCCCUUUUAGGUCUUUGAGAACAGCAUCCUAGCCGGUCAAAACUUCACUAUGAAGCAAGCCACUCUAUUUUUGUUAGGUGUCAUGGCCACGGUGCACGUUGUCAUGAGCCACUGUGGUGCCCGUAAUUGCGGCGCCGGAUGCGGCUGCGGGGCCGGUUGGGGAUCAUACGGAGGAGGCUACGGGUCCGGAUGCGGCGCUGGCUUCGGGCGCUACGGCGGAGUGGUAGGAGGAUUUGGCAACGGACUUGGAGGCAUCGGCGGUGGUUUUGGCAGAGGAUUCGGUGGUUUCGGAGGAGCUGGAGGUUUCGGAGGCACCGGUGGCUUCGGAGGAUUCGGAGGUGGCGCUGGAGCCGGUUCGGCCGCCGCAGCCGCUGCCGCUGCCGGAACAAUCGUACAACCGGUUGCUGGACCAGGCAGAAUCAUCGUCCAGGAGGCACCAACCGUUGUCCCAGAAUACGUGGACAGUGCACCCAUCGUCUUAGAGCAGGAGGCUGCUCCCAGGUUCGUCUUCGGUGACUCUACCCCGGUCCGGCUAUCCCACCAGUCCAGACCGGCAGUGAUCGAGCACUUCGAGACCCCGUACAUCAUCGAUGCCGUUCAACGCACGGCCUUCGUCAACCACGCUUCUUGCCCUGUCAUCAUCGACCACUACGAACAACCCGAGGUCAUCUGCGACGAGGGACUCCCGGUCAUUUACGAGCCUGCCUGUGGGGGUUCUGGCUCUUCCUGCGGGUGUGGAGCAGCUGGUUGCGACGGUAGCUGUGGCAUAUCUGACUGCGCCUGCAUCUAAUCACAUACAGAAAUAACAGUCUUUUAAGGACUGUAAUGUGAAAAGUAUGUCAAAUAAAUUCGUAAUGACAUUGACUAA